UUUUAGUAUGUAUGUACUGUCAGUGCAGUUUUGCUCUACUUUAGUCUUUAGAAACAUUGACGUUGAAUAAUUGAUCCUUGAAAUUUUUUUCAGUUCCCUCUCAACUCUAUACUCCGCUUUGUUUCAAAAUACAAUGCAACCACUUAAGAUUUCAUCAAAUUUCACGGAUAAUUUAUUAAUGAGUAAUAAUUACAAGAGAGACAAUGGAUUAAUAUUUGAAAAGUGAUGGACAUAUUUAAAAAUAUUUAGGUCAUAAACUCCUGCACAAAGACUCGGUCACGCGGUCAGCGUGUUCUAUCUACCCUCGGUAUCUUGAUAACAGAAUAAUAAAAUGAGUGAGUCAGUAAAGGUGGCAGUAAGAUGUAGGCCAAUGUCUCAAAAAGAACUGUCAGCUGGGUGUCAGAAUGCCGUUACCAUCGACCCGAUUUCAAAAAAUUGUACACUGGAAGGUACAGGAGGCGGUGCUGGGAAAGUUUAUCAAUUUGACGCGACGUUUGGACCCGAAAGUUCGACGGAAAAAGUUUACGAAGACGUCGGUUCUGUUAUUGUUGAAGCUGUGCUCGAAGGAUACAAUGGAACGGUGUUCGCUUAUGGUCAAACUGGUUGCGGAAAAUCCCACACGAUGCAAGGGUUCAUCGAGCGGACUUUGGAGCACAUAUUUGAGGCGACAUCAACAUCUAGCUCUGAUACGCGUUAUUUGGCACUGCUGAGUUAUCUGGAAAUUUACAACGAACGGCUGAGAGAUUUGUUGCAGGACAACUUAGUGGACGGCGCUCUUCAGCUUAAGGAAGAUCCUCAACGAGGAACUUAUGUUGCCGGUGGGUUGCGUGAAGUUACUGUCAAAGAUGCCGCCGAAUGCGCUAAAUUAGUAGAACAGGGUGACCGGAGACGUGUCGCAGCCUUUACUAAAAUGAAUGCUUCAAGUUCACGAAGUCAUGCUGUCCUGACGAUUUCGUUGGAGGCUUUGGCGAUGGGUGAAAACAAUGGCAAGCAGGGUGGUGACGGUGCUGUAAGAAGAGGUCAGUUACAUCUAGUUGAUUUAGCUGGAUCCGAAAGACAAGCGAGAACUGGAGCAACAGGGGAUCGAUUAAAAGAAGCCGCUAGUAUAAAUUUGAGCUUAUCAGCGCUGGGUAAUGUGAUAAGCGCUUUGGCUGCUGGUAAUGGCAGACAUGUUCCAUACAGAGACAGCAAACUCACAAGGUUACUGAGAGACAGUUUGGGCGGGAAUGCACGUACACUGAUGAUUGCUUGCAUAAGUCCGGCUGAUGUUGAUGCUGAAGAAACAUUGAGUACACUGAGGUAUGCAGCACGAGCGAGAUGUAUUAAAAAUAAACCGGUAGUUAAUGAAGAUCCAAAGGAUGCUCUUUUACGGCAAUACCAACUUGAAUUGCAGCGUUUACGAAAGUUAUUGGAGAGUUCACCAAAGACGGGUGAUUAUGAUGAAGAUUACGAUGAACGUGAAGAAACUACCGGUGGAUCCGAGGUCGAGAGAUUGAGGAGAGAGUGCGAGGAUACAAGUAUGUCUGCACAAAAACUUCGUGAUGAAUUGGAUGCUUUGAGAAGUCGUUAUGAAAAUAGCAAAGAUACCGCUGAAUCCGCGGAUAAUAAGUUGUGGCCGAUGACUAGCCGAGAAGUUGAUGAGCGUCGUCGUAAAAAACGUGAGGCUGCACAAAGAGAAGUUAUGAGAAGAUUAGAACGUUUAACAAUUGGCGGUGAAGCUCUAAGUAAUGAUGAAUUAAGAAAACGCCGGGAAAGAAGACGCAGACGGUUAGAAAUUUUAGCCAAGGCCCUUGAAGCCAGUGCGCAAGAUGGGAGCGGAAGUGCAUUUGAAGUUUACGGGCAAUUGAGGACUACCGAGGAUGCAUUGAAGAGAAUGGCCAAGCGCACAAAGCAACUUGAAGCAGAGGCACUAGAUCUACAGGCAUCCUGGGACGCGGAACGACGUGAACUCCUGCGCCGUGAAUUGCUAGCAGCUCAGAUAUGUGAAGCUAUGGUACCACAUCUACGUCCCGGUUGUCCGUUCCGUGACCUCAUGGCGAUUCGGUCAGCAGCUACUUGGAGCGAUGAUCUAAAUCGCUGGAGAUUACCUGAUGCUUCUUCUAGGAUACCUCUGCCCCCACCACCACCUCUAACACGUGACAAUAAUUUGCGGCUUAAACCGGAUCACAAUAAUAAUAACAACAAUGACAACAGCAAUAACAACAACAAAAACAACCACAACGACGAUGAGCAAACAAGUGAUGAUGAGUCUCGUGUAAAUGAGGCCAAGAGCUCCAAAUGGCGAGACAUUGCAGGGACUUACUUUCGCAGAAACAGAAUCGAUGAGUUACUUGCACGUGCCCGUGAGGCUAAAACAUUUGAGGCUAGUGGACGUCUGAGUAAAUCAGGUGGAUCUGAUGACUCUGGGAGUGGAUAUCUCCAGUUGAAUGCCCUCAAUUUGCAGGGCAGUGCUCCUAUCAUCAGUGAUAUCCCGGGAAAAAUACCAAUCCAACCAAUAGCAAUUAAAACCGUUAGACCUGUUGGAGCUUUCAAUGCCUGGCUGGUCCAAGACAACCCCGGCAAAUCUCCUCCAGCUGGACUGACGUCACUAAGGAAAAAUCCACCACCUCGUAUACUCGAAGCACUUCCAUCGUAUCCACUGGACUCGACCGACACACGAUUGUCGUCUUGACGAGACAUUGCAUUACAAUCAGAGUCUUAUAAAUUUUUACAUUUCGUAUUAAAUACCAACGCUUGUACCUCAUAAUAGUUUUUAUAAAUUUAUUUAUUUGUGUAAUUAAUUAUUUAUUUUUUUUUUUACAUAAUGCAAAAAGCAGUAUUAAAUUUUAUGCAUAUUUUAUUACAUUGCUUCAUCGUCAAAGAAUAUCAUCAUCAUCAUCAUCAUGAUAUUUCUUAGGAUCUUAGGUAAUUGAAGAGGUCAUCAAGUUCACUUAAUUUUUAUCAGUUUGAUUAUUUUUAUUUUUUGUUUUUAUAAAAAACAUUUUAACAUAUCGUUUUAUUGCAUUAAUUUACCGUACUGGUAUAAUUAUUAUUUUAUAAUCACGCAAAAAGUUUCAAUUACCGCGUUAUUGAAAAGUUUUUACAUACAAUAAAUAUGUAUUGACAAAAAUAAAAAUUUUUAAUAAAAAUGUACAUUACCACUGACGUUGUGUUGGCGAGAUGUGAAUACUGAUUAUGUAAAUUAGCCGUUAAAAUUUUUUUUUAUUGUAAACUGUAUGAUAUUCUAUUGUAUUUAAGACAAAAAAAAGAGAAAGUGUGUACAUAACGUUGUAAUUACUGAGUGUAAAAUAAUAAUAAUAAUAAUAAUAAUAAUAAUAAUAAAUUA